CUUAAUAUGAGUCAUUUUAGAAUUAUUUUUGAUUAAUAAAACAAUGCACAAGUUUCUCUUUUACUUAGCUUGCAGUUUAUUAACUUUGGGAGCUUUUGGUGAUCCACCUCAAAAAAUCUCAAAUGGCUGGAGAGCAUCAAAAAAUGAAUUUCCCUAUCAAAUCUCUUUGCGUUUACCUCAAAAUCAAUUUCUAUGUAGUGGAGCUAUUAUCACGAAACAACAUAUUUUAACUGCUGCUCACUGCCUUGAAUCAAGGGAUUUGAACGAUAUUGUUGUUGUAACAGGAACGAAUAGUUUGACUUACGGUGGAGUUUCUCAUACCAUUAAAAAAGGAGUAAUUCACGAGAAAUACAAAGGAUUACCGUGGGAUCUUGCUCUACUGUAUGACAUUGCCAUUCUCACGUUAAAUUCACCGCUGAUGAACAAUGAUCCAUCGUGGAAGUUAAUUAAAUUGCCGAGUCGCGAUUAUGGUUCAGGUAGUUCGGUAGUUAUUGCUGGUUGGGGUCAAACUACUGAAAAUUACCAAUUUCAACAAAAUUAUUUACAAAAAAUUUAUACCCACAUUGCUAAUCUUGAGGAUUGUCAGGAAUAUUCGCCGGUUUUGUUUUACGAUACACAAAUUUGUAUUUUGCCAACAAAUGGAAAAACCACAUGUCCAGGUGACAGCGGUGGGCCAUUGGUUAUUAAUGGUGAAAUUGUGGGAAUUGCAUCAUCUUAUCUCAAUUGUGGUCAUUCUCCAAGUUUAUUUACAAAGGUUUACGCUUUCAGAGACUUUAUUAAAAAAGAAACGACAAAUCUUCACUCAUAUUUAACACAAUAUUUAUUAAGUCUAAUUCGAGUUUUAGGAGCACCACCUGAAAAAAUUAUUGGCGGUGAAUUUUCUUUAAAAGAUGAAUUUCCCUAUCAAGUAUCAAUAAGAUUAUAUGGGCAACAUUUUUGUGGGGGAUCUAUAAUUUCCACGACACAUAUAUUAACUGCAGGUCACUGUUUAAUUGAUAAAAUGCAUUUAUAUCAACAACUUGUAGUUGUUAGUGGAACGACGAAUGUAUUUUUUGGUGGUACUUCGAGUUAUGUUAAAAGCGUUAAGAUACACCCUUCAUUUUUAAAUACUGCUAAAUAUAUGUUUGCCAAUGAUAUUGCUGUUAUCACUUUAUCAUCACCAAUUGUAAUGACUAAAGCUCAUCAUAUUAUAAAAUUGGCAAGUAGAAGUGAUUACGGCGGAAUGGAAGGUAUUGUCUCCGGUUGGGGAGAUAUUUAUCCUGGUGCAAAUAAAGCUAAUCCGUAUUUGUCAAAGUUACCAACAAAUGUGAUUAAUGCAACCUGGUGUCAGAAUUAUCUUGGAAAACAACUAUACAAUUCACAAGUAUGUGCAAAAGCAUCUAAUACAAAGGGCACCUGUCAGGGUGACAGUGGUGGUCCAUUGGCUGUGGGUGAUGAAAUUGUAGGAAUUGUGUCAUUUGGUUAUUCAUGUGGUGUUGGUUAUCCAGAUAUUUAUACUUCGGUUUAUAGUUACAAGAAAUUUAUUAAAGAAGCUAUCAAAGAAAGUGGAUUGUCCGAUAAAGUUUUAUAUCCACCAUACAAUAAAAUUGAUUCCAAUAUUAAGGUAAAUAGAGUUGUGAAUAAGAUAUCUAAUUAUUCAUUAAUACCAGCUGAACAAUAUAAUAAUAAAAAUUAUUAUAUAUUUUCCAAUGGUUUUUGGUAUCUAGUGAAAUUUAAUUAAUUUUUUUUUUUUAAUAUUACUUGGUAAAUUCUGUGUUAAAUUAAAAUCAGUGUUACGUUUCAAUUAGCAGUAAGAUAAAUAAUAAAAUCAUGUAUUUAUAGUUAUUUAUUUUUGUUCAAUGUAAUUUUUCGUUUAUUUAUUAUAGCAUUAAAUCGUCAUAUAAAAUAAAAUUGUAUAUAAAUUUUA